CUCUACAGAUGGACGAGUGGAGCGAGCCAUGCUCUCAUCUUGAUGAGUGGAGCGAGCCGUGCUCUCCUCUUGACCUUGCGGAGUAUGCCUUCAUUGAGCAAAUGCCACCUGUCCUCGUCCAAGAUGCACUUUACUUCAUGCUCACAUACCUCGAUGAAGAUCAUGGUGAUGAUCACUCAGAAAUUCUCGAGUACCACUUGGGCUCUCAUUUCUUAGCACGGAUUGAUGUGCCGAUAGUAGAUACUGACAUUGAUUGUGAUUAUGUUAUCCUCAUAUCGAUGGGGGAUGGAAGUUUGGGGUUUGCACAUGUGGAUAGGUUAACCCUCAACCUAUGGUCGAGGCUGGUGGGCUCCCACGGAGCCGCGGCAUGGACUCAUCGUACAGUCAUCAAUCUCGAGAACCUCCUUCUCCCUGUUCUUUACCUCAUUAUAACACCUAGACUCAUCGGAUCUGUGGAGGGCCGUGAUAUCAUUUUCAUGAACACACACCUUGGUAUCUACCAGAUUAAUCUCAAGUCACUGCAGUGGAAGAAGAUAUCGAGGGAACAAAGCUGUGAUGCUUUGUUUCCAUACAUGAGAUUUUACAGCCGGCCAGAACUUGUGCACAAAAAUAACCCAGAGACUGAGGUUGCAAGAGAAACUGGUGCCUGUGAGACGGGGGAAACUGGUGCCUGGGAGACUCCGGUCAUAUUAUUGGAGACCUAGAUAUGGCCGACCCCAACCAAGAGCGCCUAAGAGGUCAACGGGGCGAGCUGCACGGUAAGCAGCCAGGUACAUCCAGGAGAAAUCGGUUAGGUAGGUUUAGUAUGUUGAAGAGCAGGGUGUUACUCUAGGAGGCAACAAGGGUUUUGUACUUUUGUGGUGCUUUGUUUCUCGUGCUGCUGCUAAAUUUUGCCACCAAGUUUGGUGGUUUACAUGUUUUUCCGCCAGCCUAUUAACUCAACUCUUCAAAUUGUAAGAACUCUAUUGGGUGGGAGAUAUAAAGAGGACCACCACUGAGAUGCCUAGUGUAAUUUGAGCCAAGCAGCGAGCUGGAGCUAGGCGAACGUGAACCAAGUUAGUUUCAGUCCAGGGGGAGGGGG